GGAAACUCUGGUUACCAUGGCAAUUUAUUGUCAGGGUACCGACUCUAUUCCAUAUAACCUGUAAACGAAAAAUGUUUUUAUCUACGUUUCAGAGCGUCAAGAAUUAAUCCACAGCACCGAAACUUUGACUUUCACAUCCACAUUCGCUAUUGCAACAUCAUCCGAGCCUCCGUGAUGAAGGAAGCAGCCAGGAGGCGGUGUCUGAUCAGAUCCCAACAUUAAACAUAUCUGACGUCUAUAUCUCCAUCAUCAUCAUCGCCUCUCAAUGUCCAAAUAACUCUUUGCAUUUCCGUGCCAGUGUUUUUGCUUGAAAUUCGCCUUUUUCGUCUGUUUACCCUCUGAACGACUUUAGGGAUCUGAAGUUUUGCCUCAGUUUGCGCAACCGGUGUGUGAACUCGAUCAAACAGCCCGAUCCGAUCGCUGUCCAGGCGUGAUUGUGUGUUGACACCAGGGGAUUCAUAUGAGCGUGCCUCCGGUGAUCCGACCGCCGAGCCCCCUCCCGGGGUCGCAAGGCAUUUCCUUCCAAAUCCAGAUCGGCUUGAGCCGGGAACCCGUGCUGCUGGACUCCGGCGAGUUCAGCCUGGCGCAGGUCCGAGAGAUGGCAUGCUCCAUCGUGGACCAGAAGUUCCCAGAAUGUGGCUUCUAUGGGAUGUAUGACAAGAUUCUUCUUUUCCGCCAUGAUCCAAACUCGGACAACAUCCUACAGUUGGUGAGGUGCGCGGCUGAAAUUAUGGAAGGGGACCUGGUGGAAGUCAUCCUGUCAGCUUCAGCUACAGUGGAGGAUUUUCAGAUCAGACCUCAUUCCCUGUUCGUUCACUCAUAUCGAGCUCCAGCGUUCUGCGAUCACUGUGGAGAGAUGCUGUGGGGUUUAGUGAGGCAGGGGCUUAAGUGUGAAGGCUGCGGGCUGAACUACCACAAACGGUGUGCCUUUAAAAUCCCAAACAACUGCAGCGGCAUCCGUAAACGACGACUAUCUAACGUGUCCCUCACCGGCCUGACCAACACUCGCUCUGUGUCUGCUGAACCGUCUCCCAGCACCUCUGAUGAAGCUUUACUGUCUCCUGUCAGUCCUAGCAUGGAGCAAAAAACACCAUCAGACAUCUUUCCUGGAAGAGGCCGUUCCAACUCUCAGUCCUAUAUAGGUCGGCCCAUAGAAUUAGACAAGAUCCUGCUGUCUAAAGUGAAGGUGCCACACACAUUUGUCAUUCAUUCCUACACACGCCCCACUGUUUGCCAGCACUGCAAGAAGCUCCUCAAGGGCCUGUUCCGUCAGGGACUACAGUGCAAAGAUUGCAAAUUCAACUGCCAUAAACGAUGUGCACCUAAAGUGCCAAACAACUGCCUCGGAGAGGUGUCAAGAAACGGAGAUCUGUUGAGUCCCGGUGCUGAAUCAGAUGUGGUCAUGGAGGAGGGUUGUGAUGACCAUGACGGGGACAGACAUAGUCCACUUAUCGAUGACAUGGAAGAGUCUCUGGUGGUAGACUCCGCUGCUCUUUUGGAAGCUGGACAUGGUGAGCUUGGAGAUUUCCAAGACCAAGACCCAGAUGAAUCCAACAGAAUCAUCAGUCCUUCCACCAGCAACAACAUCCCACUUAUGCGGGUGGUUCAGUCUAUCAGACACACCAAGAGGAAAAGCAGCAAUGUUAUGAAAGAAGGCUGGCUUGUGCAUUUCACCAGCAAAGACACGUUGCGUAAGAGACAUUACUGGCGACUUGACAGCAAGUGUAUUACCCUGUUCCAGAAUGACUCUGGGAGCAAAUACUAUAAGGAAAUUCCUCUAUCCGAGGUGCUGUCUCUGGAACCAGCGAAAACAUUCAACCUUCUGCCUGAGGGUGCCAACCCACAUUGCUUUGAGAUUGCCACAGCAUCUCUGGUGUACUAUGUGGGAGAGAACCUGGCUCGAGCCGAAGGGGGAACGCUGGGCUACGGAAGCAGCGUGCUUGUUAGCGGUGUGGGACAGGACGUGGCCCGCAUGUGGGAGAUGGCCAUCCAGCAUUCACUUAUGCCUGUCAUCACCAAGGGCAUAUCUCACGGCGGCCAUCACAACUACCACAAAGAUGUCUCGAUUAGCAUCUCUGUAUCCAACUGCCAGAUCCAGGAGAAUGUGGAUAUUAGCACAGUGUAUCAGAUUUUCCCUGAUGAAGUACUUGGCUCUGGGCAAUUUGGCAUUGUCUAUGGAGGGAAACAUAGGAAAACAGGCAGGGAUGUUGCCAUCAAGAUCAUAGAUAAGCUGCGGUUUCCCACCAAGCAGGAAAGUCAACUGCGUAAUGAAGUUGCCAUUCUCCAGAACCUCCACCAUCCCGGCAUCGUCAACCUUGAGUGCAUGUUUGAGACACCAGAGCGUGUCUUUGUUGUCAUGGAAAAGCUCCAUGGCGACAUGUUGGAGAUGAUACUGUCAAGUGAGAAGGGGAGGCUGCCAGAACGCAUCACCAAGUUUCUCGUUACGCAGAUUCUCAUCGCUCUCCGCCACCUACACUUCAAAAACAUUGUUCACUGUGACCUCAAACCUGAGAAUGUUUUGUUAGCCUCCGCUGACUCUUUUCCACAAGUGAAGCUGUGUGAUUUCGGUUUUGCACGUAUUAUUGGUGAGAAGUCUUUUAGGCGUUCUGUGGUGGGCACCCCAGCGUACCUCGCCCCAGAGGUCCUUCGGAACAAGGGCUACAACCGCUCGCUUGACAUGUGGUCGGUGGGUGUCAUCGUCUAUGUCAGUCUCAGUGGAACCUUCCCAUUUAAUGAGGAUGAAGACAUUCAUGACCAAAUCCAGAACGCUGCUUUCAUGUACCCACCAAACCCCUGGAAAACAGUCACCCCAGAGGCAAUUGACCUCAUUAAUAACCUGCUGCAAGUCAAAAUGAGGAAGCGCUACAGCGUGGACAAGUCUCUCAGCCAUCCCUGGUUACAGGACUACCAGAUGUGGCUUGACCUGCGGACUUUGGAGUGCAAAAUGCAGGAGCGAUAUAUCACCCACGAAAGCGAUGAUUUGCGCUGGGAGCAUUUUGCAGAACAAAAUGGUCUUCAGUACCCAGCCCACUUAAUCAACCCUCAUGCCGAUGUCCGUGAAGAGGCGGAGUCUGACGAGCUUGUGAUGGGCAUGCUCAGCGACAGAGUCAGUGUUCUGUAAAUUGCUGCCUGUCCCUUUAAGGGCACAACAACGGAACUCAAGCCAACUGUAUACUGCAAAAUCACCACUUAAGCCAACUGUAAAUGCCUUGACAAAUCCUAACAAAAGUACUGCACAAUUUCAUUUAACAGUACACUACAGAUCAAGCACAAAUUUCUUUAUACACAGUGCCUAAGCCACAAAAGCCACAAUCAAACCCAAAUAUACCGUAUAAAAAAUUUUUUCUAACAAAACAACUGCACUUAAGCUACUAUGAACAAACAAAACUUACAGGCUCCUUUUGUUCUUAAGGACUUUGGAGCUUAAUUUUAGAAUAAAAUUAUGUAUUAGUAUCAGUAUUAUUAUUUUUGCCAUUACACGGUUGAAAACACUGUAUCAGCAGUAUUUGUAUAACUCAUAAAAAAAGUCAUAAUAUAUAAGAAACGUGUUAUAAAAUUAACUUAUAAAGUCUUAUAUUAACUAAAAUAUUCUGCUAAGAAAUACCACCACAAAGAUUUUGUGGUGACCUGUUGAAUUGACGAUUACUUGACAAAUGUAUAGCAGAGAGCAUUUAUAGCUUUUGUGGUUUCGUGUUUAUGUGCUUAUGAAUGUAGCGUGUGUGUUUGUCUCUGUGUGUGUGUGUGGUACUUUGGGGGUUGGUUAUGUUAGUAUUAUGUGCAAGUGUAAGACAACAAAACAACACUGCCUGUGGACUGGAAAGGUUUUUUUUUUUGUUUUUUUUUUUUGCUUUCUUCAGAUGUUGGAAUAAUAAAGUGCAGCUGGUUGUGUACACAUAAAGUAUUAUGUGCUCAUGACAGAUUUUCAGUGUUUCUUUAAGUGAGGAUAAGAAGUGUAACACUGAUAUCAGCAAUUCUGUCCAAAUGGCUGAUUAAAUGUUAACAAAA